UCUCCCUCAAACCCAACCCGCGCUCUCCAGGAAAAUUGCCUCUCACCUCUUACCCCUCCAAUCAACUCGACCAAACCAAGCAGAUUCUCCCAGCAAAAUCCCCUCACCCUUCACCCACAAAACCUCUCAGCGCAGGAGACACCCCAAAAAAAAAUGCCCCCCACGCCGUGCGCAAUCUGCCACGCCGACCGGGCGGUGAUCAUCCGGCCGAAGAACCGGCAGCGGCUGUGCCGGGGCUGCUUUCUGACGAUCUUCGAGACCGAGAUCCACGAGACGAUCACGGCGACGACGCUGUUCCAGCGCGGGGAGCGGGUGGCAAUCGGGGCCAGCGGCGGCAAGGACAGCACGGUGCUGGCGUCCGUGCUCAAAACGCUGAACGAGCGGUACGACUACGGGCUGGAGCUGACGCUGCUCUCGAUCGACGAGGGCAUCAAGGGCUACCGCGACGACAGCCUGGAGACGGUCAAGCGCAACGCGACGCAGUACGACAUGCCCCUCGUGAUUUUGGGAUAUGGGGAGCUGUACGGCUGGACGAUGGACCAGGUGGUGGCGCAGGUGGGCAAGAAGGGCAACUGCACGUACUGCGGCGUGUUCCGGCGGCAGGCGCUGGACCGCGGCGCCGAGCGGCUGGGGAUCCAGCAUGUGGUCACGGGUCACAAUGCCGACGACGUCGCCGAGACGGUCAUGAUGAACCUGUUGCGCGGCGAUCUGCCGCGUCUCGCCCGUGGCACUAGUAUCGUGACGGGCUCCGCGGCCAGCGACAUCAAGCGCAGCAAGCCGCUCAAGUACGCCUACGAGAAGGAGAUCGUGCUGUAUGCCCACCACAAGCAGUUGGAUUACUUCAGUACCGAGUGCAUCUACUCGCCGGAGGCGUUCAGGGGCAGCGCGCGCACGUUGAUCAAGGAUCUCGAGAAGAUCCGGCCGAGCUCGAUUCUGGAUAUCGUGCGCAGCGGCGAGGAGAUGGCUGAGUUAGUGCCGGCGGAGGUGCGCGGCGGGGCUGCGGCGGAUGAGGAGGCGGCCGAGACGACCGGGUGCGGGAGUCAGGGCGGCGGCAGUGGGCGGACGCGUGGCGGCGAGAUGGCGGAGAUGGAGAGGAAGUUGGCCGAGGAUGAGGUCGCGGCGGAGCGCGAGACGGAGGUGACGCUGUCGUCGCUCCCGCAGAAGAAGCAGGCAGACCGGAGAAAGGCCGCGGUCAAGUCGCAGGUGCUGGGCAAGUGCGAGCGCUGCGGGUAUAUCUCCAGUCAGCGGGUGUGCAAAGCGUGCACCUUGCUCGAGGGGUUGAAUAAGAACCGGCCGCGCACGGCCAUUGAGAUGGAGGUGGGCGCGGAGGAGGAGGAGAGCAGCUCGACGCUGCGGCGACAGAUGGAGAAGGUCGAGCUGGGAGGAUGAGGGGAUUGAAGUGUGGUCAAGCCGAGACCACCGAGUCAUGAGGCACGAGAGA